AUUUUAACAUUUUUAUUUUUAAAAUAUGCCAAUUUUUUUUAUAUAUCCUGUCCUAUAUACCGAAAACAGAUGAUUAUAGGUCGGCCAUAUCGCCUGGCUUUGCUGAUUUGUCGAAAUUGAAUGAGUUCUGUCAUUCUUAUCUUUAUGUGUGUAAAUUGUUUUUAAAAACUUAGUAAAGGUUAAAAUCUUACAAUCCAAGAUGCGGCGGCGUGAAGACAUGCAGGUGAAUGUGGCAGGGCUCCGACGUAACAUAAAAAAUCUAGCUCAUAAUUACUCUGACGCUCAGAUAAAAGUACGAGAAGCAACGAGCAAUGAUCCAUGGGGUCCUAGUAGUACGCUGAUGUCUGAAAUUGCCGACCUUACUUACAAUGUAGUCGCAUUCACAGAAAUAAUGCAAAUGAUAUGGAAACGCUUAAACGAUCAUGGUAGAAAUUGGAGACACGUUUAUAAAGCUCUAUUACUUUUAGAGUAUCUUAUUAAAACUGGUUCCGAAAAGGUUGGUCAGCAGUGUAAAGAAAAUAUCUUUGCUAUCCAAACUCUUCGGGAUUUCCAGUAUUCGGAUGAGGGUAAAGAUCAAGGACAUAAUGUACGAGAAAAAGCGAAACAGCUGGUGUCACUUUUAAAAGAUGAAGAAAGGUUGCGCAACGAGCGUGCACGAGCGCUUAAAGCUAAAGAACGGUUUGCUCAGACAGCCUCGGGAUUUGGCAGUGACACGACCUUGGAUGGUGCAUCACCUUCGAGUCCUACGUUUCAAACGAGAUCAGCUUGGAGCUCCAGUGAUGUCGAAACUCCUAGUAAAGUAGAUAUAAUGUGUGCCAGGCCGACAACAGCCGGUGAAGAAGAACUCCAAUUGCAAUUAGCUCUUGCGAUGUCGAGAGAAGAGGCAGAACAAGAAGAACAAAAAAGAAGAAGUGACGAUGUCCGUCUCCAGUUAGCCAUUUCUCAGAGUCAGAAUGAAUUCAAGCAGCACCAGCAAGAACCAGGCCAUAAAGACCCAGGCGGCAGCCACAUGCUAGAUCUUCUGGACGUAAACCUCGGACCCAUCGACAGUGGGCCUAUCCCUACCACGUCCGCCCCUGUUCCACUUCAGGACCCGUGGGGAAUGCCUAUCCCUCCAUCCCGACCUCAGACUCUGGAUCUCAGAUUGAAUAAUUGGAAUUCGGUUGAUCCCUGGAGUGUUUCGUCUUCGACAGCAACUAAUCCUUCCGUUGCUGAUCCUUGGUCACCCGCCCCCGCUGCUUCUGCGCCUCCUAAGCCAAUGAUAGAAGACCUGUUGGGUUUAAACUUAUACAGCACAAAUAUUUUUUCGAAUCACAUAACGAAUACAGACGAGGCUGCCUCCGUUGACCCGUGGAAAGCAGUGAAACCCCAAAACGACCCGUGGUCGCCUGCAACAGAACCCAGUCCUGCAUUGUCGUCACCAUUAAAUGACCUCGACGAGUUUGAUAUUAUAACUAAUAGAAAUAACAUCAACAAUAAUAAUAAAACUUGCAUUAGCCCUAAUCCUUUUGACAUGAGAGGCCUUGGAGAAAGCUUGAACGAUAGGAAUGGGUUAGGAUCUGCUAAAAGAAAAAGUCCUCAUGCGUUCUUAGGUGAGAAUUCUGGAUUAGUAAAUCUCGACAAUCUUGUUACUAAACCGACCCAGUCUCAACAAAGUCAACAGCAACCAUUACGACCAGUUGCUGCUAACCCCUUCUCACCGGUGGGUGCUCCGUUGCAGCCAGUCCGGAACACUCCUGCUUUCGCACCUCAGGCAAUAUCUCAACCUCUUGUACCUCAACCUAAUCCUUUCUUGUCAUAGGGGUGUUUCUGAUUGCGUCGAACCCAAAAAUUGUCAACUGUCUAAAAUUCUUUACAAUCAGCAAACUGUCCUCUUUUUUCAACUUAAUACUAUAGGCUAUUUUCCACAUGAGUGAAAGCAAUAAAAAAAAGCUAAAAAAAAAAAAGCAAAGUCUGGAAAACGAACUGUUUUCUUUGAUUACUCGCAACACGUAUUAUCAAUCUCUGUGCCUCGUAAUUUAAAUGUUUAAAUGUUAAAUACCUAAUGUUUGUGGCCCGUUUAUAAUUUGAGUUGUAUUAAUUAGCUCUUUUAGGAUGGUGCA